UCUAGUUGGCUUGACUGUGCUGAUCAAGAGAGUAGGAUGGACUGGAAACCUGCGGUGUUGAUGAUGGCCGUGGUGAUAAUGUAUGCGGUGUUGAACGCGUUGACAAAGAUGGCGUUCAACGAAGGGAUGCAUACCACAGUGUUCAUCGUCCUUCGCCUGCUCGUCGCCGCGCUCUUUCUCUCGCCGAUCGCAUACUUCAAAGAGAGGAAGAGUAGACCUAAGCAGACCAUGGAGAUAUUCAUCUACCUCUUCUUCAGUGCCUUGCUCGGAGCCUCUCUGAUCCAGUGGCUCUUCUUCCUGGGCCUGCGGUACACAACCGCGACGUUCGCGAGCGCCUUCAACAACACGACCCCCAUGUUCACCUUCCUCCUCGCACUGGCCUUCAAAGUCGAGAAGAUCGAUGUUGCCAGCCGCUCCGGCGCCGCAAAGCUCGCCGGCACAGCCGUGGGACUGGCAGGGGCGAUGGUGCUGGCACUCUACCAUGGCCCGACCCUGAUGGGGCCGCCGUCGGGGGACCAUCUAGCCGCUGCUGCCACACACGGUGGUGCGCGGAGGUGGGCGGUGGGCUCGGUGGCGCUGGUGGGCUUCUCGGCGAGCUGGUCGCUGUGGUUCAUCCUGCAGUCCAAGAUCGGGACAAAGUACCCGCCGCUCUACUCAAGCACGGCAUGGAUGUUCGUGCUCAGCUUCGUCCAGAUGGCCAGCGUCGGGGCUGCCACCGAGAAGAUGAGCUUGCAGGUCUGGGUUCCCCGCACGGCGCUGCAGGCUGCGACCGUGGUCUUUGCUGGUAUCGGGUCGUCCGGGCUGGGGUUCCUGGCCAUGUCAUGGUGUGUGGAGCGGCGAGGGCCCGUGUUCACCACCGCCUUCAUGCCGCUAAUACAGAUCGUCACCGCCGGGAUCGAUGUCACCGUCCUCCACGAGCAGCUCCACCUCGGGAGCGUUGUCGGGUCGGCGGUCGUGGUCGUGGGUCUCUACUUGGUCCUGUGGGGAAAGAGCAAUGAGCCGAGCAUCGAUUCCAAACUCCCUCCUCCAUCACAUUCCAAGCCUGAGUGUGAUGACAUUAAGGAGGACGUCUGUUGCUCUACGGCCCUAAAGGAAGAAAAAGGAGAACAUGGUGCAUGAUUUCCUUUUCAUUUUUAUUUAUCUUUCACCUAAGUAAGUGAACUUUAUUAGUUAGGCUAAAGUAAAUAAUUCACGUGGAUAAGCCAAAGUGGAUUAUACUUUCAAGAACUCAGAAAGGCAACAACGAUCAUGCUCACUCAAAAUCUGAACCUAAAUCUAGGUAGGCUUCUACAACUAAUUCUGAGUUUUAUUUUUGGGGAGCAUAU